AUGGCAGCUUCAAAGGAAAACGCCGACGAUCUGAAAUUCAACAUUGGAGAAUCAGUGAACGGUUUCAAGCUCGUCAAAAAAAUAGACGAAGGUGGAUUUGGUCAAGUGUUCAAAGUAACGAAAGACAACGAAACAUUUUAUGCAAUGAAGCUGGAGUCGAGUUUUCAAGAGGGUGGAUCAGCCAUCAAACUGGAGAUCAACGUGCUGAACGGGUUGCCAAGGGACUCGGUGUUCCCUGGAUUCGUUGCGGCUGGAAGAAAGCCACGCUAUCAUUAUCUCGUUCUUGAGUUACUCGGGGAUAAUCUGAAAACUUUGAAAUCCAAGAGCCCGAAUCCUGAUGUCUGGACUGAUGGAACAUGGUCGCGUGUCGGUAUUCAAUGCUUCUAUGCAAUCAAAAAGAUGCAUGAAAGCGGAUUUGUCCAUAGAGACAUCAAACCAAACAACUUUGCCAUUGGAAUCAAUACGUCGUCUGAACUUCGUAGCCGUCGGAUCUUCUUGUUCGAUUUUGGUUUGGCAAGGAGAUUCAUUCACAAAAUCCCGGGCGGCUCGAAGAAGAAUAGCAAAUCCGCUCCGAAGAAGACCAGCGGACCUGCAAAGCUGAAAUCCUCUCCGUCGCGGUCGAAAGUCAAGAAGGCGCCGAGCAGAAUGGCUCAGGUUAAUACCAAUACCAAAGCCUCUCCUCAGGUUCAAGCACCAGCUGUCGCUUCGGGACCGAAAAAACUUGUGGCUCCGAAGGCGAGACUGGCCAAGGAAUCUAGAGAGUGUGCCUCGAUUUCAAGGGAGGAGUUGCCUGAGGAGGAGGAGUACGCGUUUCGUCUCCCACGUCCACAUACCGAUUUCCGUGGAACUCCGCAAUACGCAUCGCCGAAUGCUCAUUUGUUGAAAGAGUUGGGUCGCCACGACGACAUUUGGUCUCUGAUGUACAUGAUCGCUGAGUUUUUCAACGAGUUGCCAUGGUCCAACAACGAAGAGAUUCCAACCGAGGAGAUGAAAGACCAGUCGACAAUUCUUCGUCUCUUUCAUGAUGACAAGAAUCCGGACCGUCUGACGUCUGCGAUGCGUCACCAGCUGGAGGAAAUUGACAAGAAUCUGAAGGAGAUGAACUACUACUCGUUUCCGAAUUAUGAGCUCGUCUACAAGUUUCUGAAAGACUCGAUGGAUAAGGCGAAGGUCGUCUGGGAUACUCCAUUUGAUUGGGAACUCGGACCUCAGUCACCGAUUGAUGCCACCACGAAGAGUAAGAAUCUGAAGAAGAAGAAUUUCGAGUGGGAGAAUCCGCGUGACUUUUUUGGGCAAAACCGUUGGGGAAAACUGAAAGUGCCAAUUUUGUCUCCAUGUGUUUCCAAGAAACCACCAAAUGCUCUGAAACAGAAACUGGGCAAGAAUCAGAAGUCUGACUUCACUCGUGGACAAAUGAGUCGAGAAGAUUCGGCGGCUGAUACGGAGGAUGACAAGAAGGCGCAGUCCACCCAGAAGUCUUUGAAGAAGGAGACGAGUGUCAUUGAUAAUAAUAAGAAGAUGCCGGCGUCGAUCCACAAGUCGUUGAAAGAAGAGGUGACUGCUAAGGAUAAGAAUGCGUCGGCGAUGAAGUCGGUGAUGAAGGAGCCGGAUGUCGUUGAGUCGAAGAAGUCCAAUAAGGCACCGAAAUAG